GCAUCCCCAGUCAAACACUUCCAGGUUCCCUGUAGUUUCCCUUGGAACUGAUCGACACUGCCACCACGUCAUACCUAGAUACAAAGCUUAAUAAGUAUCAUCAUUUCCUGUCUACGUCUUGUCCCUUAUUCAUAACCAGGACAUGAGAAUCAGAUAGAUUUGCUUCAAUCCAUCCAUCAACAUGUAUUCAUUCAGUAUCUUCUUAACAGCAGCAACAUUGGCAUCAGCCCAGAGCAAAGGCUUUAACUAUGGCAACCUCUUCACCAACGGCGCCCCGAAACAACAAGCCGAUUUCGAAAAUGAGUUCAACCUCGCAAAGAACCUCCCAAAUGCCCCCGGCUUCAAUAGUGCUCGACUCUUCACCAUGAUUCAAGGCGGCACGCCAAACACGCCUAUAUCCGCUAUUCAAGCCGCCCUCAACACCGACACACAGCUUCUGCUCGGCCUCUGGGCAUCCGCAGGCCCGGAGAGUUUCAACAAUGAGCUAGCCGCGCUCUCAGCCGCCGUUCAGCAAUACGGCACCGCAUUCACAGACAAGGUCGUCGGCAUCUCAGUAGGAAGCGAAGACCUGUACAGAAACUCACCCACCGGAAUCGCCGCAAAAUCGGGCCCGGGCGCCAACCCACAGGACCUCGUCAACUACAUCGGCCAAGUGCGCAAUCUCAUCGCCGGCAACGCCCUCAACGGCAAGCCCGUCGGCCACGUCGACACCUGGAACGACUACGUCAACGGCUCCAACUCCGCCGUGAUAGCUAAUAUCGACUUCCUCGGCGUGGAUGCGUACCCCUACUAUGAAAGCUCGAAAUCAAACGCCAUUGACAACUCCCACCAGCUCUUCGAAGACGCAUUCAACGCCGUCAAGGGCGUUGCCCAGGGUAAGCCGGUCUGGAUCACCGAGACGGGCUGGCCGGUCAGCGGGCCUCAAUCUGGCGCCGCUGUCGCAAACGUGGACAACGCGAAACGCUACUGGGAUGAGACGGCGUGCUCGCUCUUUGGAAACACGAACUUUUGGUACUUUACCGUGCAGGAUGCCGUUCCUGGGACGCCGAGCCCGAGUUUUGGUAUUGUGGGGAGUGGUGGGGGCGCGCCUUUGUUCGACUUGUCUUGUCCUGCCUAGAUAGGACUAC